AUAUUUUCAUGGUGAAAACCCCACAUUUUCAUCACCGACAUCAGCUGUACGUCUACCCGAACGUAUGUCUGCACUGAACAGAGUACGCAAACGCUAGAGGUAGAGUUUUGCUUAAAUACCCCGUCUCAUUCUGUCAGUUGUUGGAUUUUUGCAUCGAUACAUAUCUCCUUUUGGCUUUUAUUCAAGAGUACAGUCAUUUCCCAGCAAAAUGACCAUUUACACUAUUUCUGUCCAAAAUCAGCGUGGUGCAAAUACCAAUUACGCGAUCUUUAUGGAACCCCCUCAGUUCAGUGGUGGUCAGCAACCUUGGAUGAAUGUCUGGUUUACACAAUUCGUUCCAGACCAGGGAAGCUUUGAAGUUCAAACUGAAUUGGACUUCUACGCUUGGACUGGAACUACUCCCGAAUCUCCUAUGCCAGGUGUUGUUGUCAACCCUGGUAUGAGCAUGUUUGCUCAACCUGGCACUGAAACAGAACCCGGAAGUACCUUUGACAUGGCAGUUAUACAAAACUUCCCUACUAUCAAACCAACUAGUUCAACCGCUAUUCCUGGUGCAUUUGAAAUCGACACUGGCACUGACUUUAUGGUACCUAACAACAACUAUCUGGUUGGACUUGCCAAGCCCAAUAACCGAGGACAGCUUUUUCCCGUUGCAUCGGUGGCACCAUUCAACAAUGAAAAAAUUCAAGUCACCCCGAAAAUGAAAUUCUUCAUCACCGAGAGCCAGCAGGUGCCAGGAGAGAUUGUCGACUAUUCCGCCGUUUCCAGAGAUGGCGCUACUAUUGACUUUAGCAGUGGCGAAGGAAAGGGUAAAUCAUUCGCUCUUGUAGUCCAAGGCUCUGAUGGAGGAUUUACCGUGACCUAUGAUCAACUUGAAUAGAUAUUGCGAUAUAA